GGUCGAAAACAUUUAUUUUUAUUUGCUUCUUUUAAGCCGAGCACAGUUUAGGUUUCGUGCUGUCUUAAGAGAAUUAUCCAGCAGCUUCUUGCUCAUCCUUAUUGGGAGAACUGCACCGUUACUUUAAAAACACACAUACACAAAAACCUUAAGGGAGAAAGACGGCAACUCCAAACUAACAUGGCAGUCAGACUGUGUGAUGUGGCUUCUCUGCUUAGAAGUGGUUCGUGGGCAGCAGAGCCUUGGACCGGGCAGGUAAUUGCUGCCAUGGAAACACAACUGUCUAAUGGGCCAACUUGCAAUAACACAGCCAAUGGUCCCACCACCAUAAACAACAACUGCUCAUCACCAGUUGAUUCUGGGAAUACAGAGGACAGCAAGACCAACUUAAUAGUCAAUUACCUUCCUCAGAACAUGACACAGGAGGAGCUAAAGAGUCUUUUUGGGAGCAUUGGUGAGAUAGAGUCCUGUAAGCUUGUAAGAGACAAAAUAACGGGGCAGAGCUUGGGAUAUGGAUUUGUGAACUACAUUGACCCUAAGGAUGCAGAGAAAGCUAUCAACACGCUGAAUGGAUUGAGACUUCAAACCAAAACAAUAAAAGUGUCCUAUGCUCGACCAAGUUCAGCUUCUAUCAGAGAUGCAAAUUUAUAUGUCAGUGGACUUCCAAAAACUAUGACCCAGAAGGAGUUGGAACAGCUUUUCUCACAAUAUGGACGCAUUAUUACUUCCCGUAUUCUUGUUGACCAGGUCACUGGCAUAUCAAGGGGUGUAGGGUUUAUUCGAUUUGACAAGCGGAUUGAGGCAGAAGAAGCUAUCAAAGGCCUAAAUGGCCAGAAACCUCCUGGUGCCACAGAGCCAAUCACUGUAAAGUUUGCUAAUAAUCCAAGCCAAAAAACCAACCAGGCCAUCCUUUCCCAGCUGUACCAGUCUCCCAACAGAAGGUAUCCAGGACCGCUAGCUCAGCAGGCACAACGUUUUAGGUUGGACAAUCUGCUCAAUAUGGCUUAUGGAGUAAAGAGUAGGUUUUCUCCAAUGACCAUUGAUGGAAUGACCAGUUUGGCUGGAAUUAAUAUCCCUGGGCACCCAGGAACAGGGUGGUGUAUUUUUGUGUACAACCUGGCUCCUGAUGCAGAUGAGAGUAUCCUGUGGCAAAUGUUUGGGCCUUUUGGAGCUGUCACCAACGUGAAGGUCAUCCGUGACUUUAACACCAAUAAAUGCAAAGGUUUUGGAUUUGUGACUAUGACAAACUAUGAUGAGGCUGCCAUGGCGAUAGCUAGCCUCAAUGGAUACCGUCUGGGAGACAGAGUACUGCAGGUCUCCUUUAAGACAAACAAAACGCACAAAGCCUAAUGAGCUCUUGUCCUCAGUCCAUUUAUAUAUGAAAACUAUACAACAAAGGCAAGUUAAGAGAAACUUUAUACAUUAGUAAAUGUCUUUGUAAGUCAGUGUUGAGAUGGGGAUAAAACGACUACUUAGCAUCCUAAGAAAUAUGUGAGAUUUUUUAUUGCUAGUAUUUGAAUUAAAACUUCUUAAAUAUCUUUUAUGUUUGAAUAUGGACAAGAGGUACAGGGUUUUUACCUGUCACAUUGCAUUCUAUUGCCUUCUUUGAAGAAGGUGGACCUUUUAAAGUGUUUCAGCUAAGGGAAGACAUUUCUUUUCUUUUUACAUAACUGCCUUGAACCUGUGAGUAAAUAUUGAGGCAUUGUGUUGUAACUCUUCAGUUGGUUGUGUCUUUUUUUUCCCCCUUCGUUUUUCUUUUUCUGAUUAGCUUUGUGUUUGGUUUACAUUUAAAGCACUGCUGUUAUGUCUGUUUAAGAAAAGUAUUUUGAAGUUUACAUUUUUAUUUAUAAAGUUAAAAACAGUAUUUAUUUUGUAAUUAUGAUUUGGGUUGGGGAAGGGGGGGGCUACAUUAUAAACGCUUAUUGUAAGAAUAUUGGAGAACUUUUCGUAAAGCAGUACCUUGCCAAAGAGAUAAGAGCCUCUUUGAUGUGGGUUUAAAAAAAGCAUCUAUUUUUAUAAAAAAGAAAAUUUGGAGAAACUUUUUACUGGUCCUGGAACAAAUAUUUUGACUUGAAUACUUUGAGAAAUCUCUUCAUAUGACACCUAGUGAGCUUUUAAAAUUUACCAGGAAAUUUGCAGUGGUUGGAAAAUUUAGAAAGAUUUAUGAUGUAGAAAAUACUUUUGAGAUCUUUGUAUGAAAGGAGUAGAAUCAAUGGGGGAAACACUGCUGGUUUCAUUUUUGUAAUCACCAGUGGAGCGUCUGAUCAUCCUGGUUAUUAUGUGAUAGGUGGCUCACAUUGAUUUGUGAUUUUGAAACAAAUGAAAAAAAUUUACAAAAGAAUAUAUAAUAGCAGGCAAGAAAUAUAAAUUACCAAGAGAUGGGGGAAAAAUCUGUUCUUCCUAAAGAAAUCCCUUCAGAUAGAGCUCAUGGUGUUUAGUGAUGUACUUGCAGUAUUGUUUGAAGAAUUGUUUUGUCUUAAGGAAAAAAAGAUGUUGCACAUGAUUUGUACUGCAGCAAAUCGGCAAAAGUGAUCUGAGUUGGAUAUAUUUGAAGGUAUUUUGAAAGUUAUGUUCAAGGCUAACACCUGAGCUUUGUGUAAUGUAAAUAAGACCUUGUGUUUAUGAACCUUUCAGCUAAUUUGAUUUUUUUUUCCCUUACAUGCCAAGUGAUGUUCGGGUUUUGAAUGUUUUUGUAUCAGUUUUUUCCUUUGUAAAUGGCAUUAACAUUGUUACUUGAGGUCUUGCUUAAUCACUUUUGUUGUCCUGAGGACUUGAAUUUACAGUGCAUCAGAUUUGUUGCUAAUUUUGUCUGUAGAUAGUCUAGCUUCAGCUGUUUAUGGUGAUGCUACAUUUUCGUUUAUAAAUAUGUUUGUGGUAAAAAAAAAAAAAUGAGUAUAACCAUAGGUUUUGAACAAAUUUCCUUACAUUUUUCAUACAAAAAUCAUAAAUAUCUGUAUGCUGUUGAAAUUUAACUUUGUAUGAUGCUUAAACCACUAUUUGGGGAAAUAAUAAAAUAAGUCUUUACCAUGUAUGAAAGAAAUUUUAAAAAUACAAAAUAUUUUCUGAUUAGCAUCUAGCUUAUAAUAAAUUUUCAAAAAAGCUGAAGGCAAAAAAUGCCUUCAUCAGGAUGCACUGAGAACUAUAUAGUUACGUCCUGCUUUUUGUAUAAACUGAGAUGCUCACAUGCUUCCCCUUAGAACAAGCAAUGUGCUAUGCAUAACAUAGUUGUACAUUAUCUUUGCAGUUGCUUUGAGUUUUAUUUUUUAUUAUUUAAAAUUGUAGUUAUAAAAUUUUCAGUAUAGUACAGUACAUAUACUGUGAGGCGCGUGCUAAAGUGAAUAAGCGAGUUUUCAUGCUGACCCACUCAAUGCUAUUCAGAAAUCAAUUGGCUUAGCACUUUCUCAUAUCCUUAGGUGCAUUUAGAUGGUCACAGUUAACCUGCAUUUAAAAAAAAGAAAAAAAAAAAAACUAAAAAAUAAAAUACAUGUAUAUACUUUAAAAAAAAAUAAAAUAA